AUAGGUAUGAAUUGUUUCAUACAAUCAACAUUCAGCAUCUUAGGUAUGAGAGCUAGAUAAGUGAAAUUUACCUCAGAAAGCAACCUUCCUGUUCUGAAGAAAUCCAUAACAACAGCUGUGAUGUCAGCCCCUAAUACAUCCCAGUUAUGCUGGAAGAAACCAGCAGUAAAACCAUAUGGGCCAGGAGAUUUCUCUCCAUUCAUAGAGAACAAAGCUGAUCUCACUUCCUCUCAAGUAACUGAUCCACAAAGAGGCGCUGCUUGCUCAGGGGAGAGUGAAUGAAACAGAAGCUGGGAUAUCAGAUCACUGCCCACUCUCUGGACAUCAGAAUUCCUGGUGCCCAACAAUUUUUGAUAAAAUCGUACUGCUUCCUCACUCAUCUCUUUGACUUCAGUUAGGACCUCACCCUCCUCAGAUACAACUCUCUUAAUAGUGGAACGAGCUUGGCGAGGUUUCACAGAGUUGUGAAAAAAGGAGGUAUUUAAGUCAUUUACUUUCUGAAAUGAUUAUGGAGAAGGCUGGAGAAGUGCCUCCAUUUGCAAAACCUCGACUUCUCUCUUUGCAGAUCUAACUCUGUCUGAAAUCUCCGAGUAGGAAGACCUGUUUAGUUUCCUCAACUGACUUUUGACUUCCUUCAACUUCUGAUACACUAUGAACAUGGGAGUCCCCCUAAAAUUCUUACUCCAAGCUUCCCUCACAAUCUGCUUAUACUGAGGGUGAGAUUCCCAACAGCUAAAGUAUUUAAAUGGUUUAGGUAAAGAGGAGAUGUGAGCGUCUGUGUUCAUAAGUAGCCCACAGUGAUAUGAGAGCCUAGGUGGAAGAAGAUGAACUUCAUAGUGAGGAAAUGCAGAUAACCAAUAAGAGUUUACAAGAACUCUAUCAAUCCUCCUAGCUAUAGGGUUCUCCUCUUGCUUAUUUGUCCAGGAAAACCAAGGACCUUCAAACCUGCUAUCUUCCAAUUCCAUCCUAACAAUCAAUUCAUCAAAAUCCCCCAUACUCUGUGAAUGAGUUGGAUUAUUUGAAGCUUCAUUUACACUACGCACAACAUUAAAAUCCCCUAGCACAAGCCAUAGUAAUUGUUCUGAUUUUAGUGCAGCAUGAUUAUACAUACUCCUGCCACUUUCAUCAAUCGAGCCAUAGACAAAUGUGACCUUUGCAGACUGUGCACCACUUACUAACCCAUGGACAAAGAACUCAGACUUCUCUAACACUACAAAAUUCAGAUCCUUCCUCCAAAAGACCCACAACCGCCCUAAUCCAGAAUGCUCAUAGUUGUGAGCAAACUCCCAUCCAUCAAAUUUAGCCUCUACUAUUGUUUUUGAUUUUCCUUCCUUCACCCUAGUUUCAAUGAUACCAAAUACAUCCACUUUUUCACGAGCCAAGCCUGCAUUCUUGGUGAACUUGGAGUAUUGCAAUAAGCCAGUGGGAUGCCAGAAGUGUAGGGUAUUUGGGCAUCACUGUGAGGUUCAUGGAGGAGAGGAAAUAAGGGAGUUAGAAGUGAAUCAAGAUAGUCAGGAGGCAGCAAAACAGAGGUGUGUGGACGUAGAUGCAGGUAGUGCUGGUCAGUUGCUUCUUGAAUCUAUUCUUGCUUCGAAGGGAAAGGCUCAGGAGUCUGCUGAACAGGCUUGUAGGAACUUGAAUCUUGCAGUUGCUAACCUGGUCAAGUCCAUCGAACAAGGAGUGAUUUCGGAAUGGCAAAAGUCGAAUGCUGUGGAGCUGCCAACGGACAGAGAGUUUCAGACAGCUAUGGUGAGGCAAGUUGGAUCUCUUGUUUCAGUUGCUGCAACGAGUCCUAUCACUCCUGUAGCAAACAGGUUCUAGAGCUUAGCUGUGGAUAAUUUUGCAGUUGGUGAUAUUGUAGUAGGAAGUCAUGUACUGAGUAACUUGGAAGAGUUUCCUGUCGUAGAGGUGGGUGGAAAAGGUACGGAUAAGCAAGGUAAGAAGGGGCCAAGUAGGCAUGCAAAACCCAAACCUAAGUAAUGAAGGUUCUUGCCUAGAAUAUAAGGGGAUUUAAUCACCCCGACAAGCAGCGACCUCAUCUCCAUUUCACUAGCAUUUAUGAUUUAUCUGAUGAUAGUCCAAAUUAUCUGGUAUUCUCCGAAUAUGUUCUCGCUUAUGUCAGUCAUGGUGAGUGGGUUGUUGACAUAACUAAAGUUCGAAUUGCGAAGAACAAAUGAGUUUUGCGAAUGGAGCCGUGUGGAGGAACCUAAUGAUGGUGUGGACAAUUAGAUGCGUAAAAUCGGUGCGGUGCAUUGUCGAUGCAUACAAAUGAAUUUGACAAGUUCUUUUUUGACAAACUCUUAAAGUAUAAUGAAAUAGUAAGUCCCUGAAGUAUCUUUUUUUAUAGUUUUCUUGUUCAAAUCAUGAAACUUUCGGAGCAUAAAAAGAAUCAUACUUUAAUUCUUGAUAAAUGAAAACUCUCGUUCUCUAAAAUCAAUUUAAGAAUUCAUCAGCUACCAAUAUUCAACAACAAUGCAAGUGAGUAAGUGGCACUCUUUGCGGAAUUAGAUUAGUGAAGGCGACUGGUGCAAAUCUUUUUGGAUCCAACCAUCAUACUCAACCAGGUCUUGGGGUUGUUUGGGUUUGGUUAUACAGCCCGGAGCCUUGGAUGCUAUCUUAAUCUUGUGUAAAUAUAUUUGAUUUUUCCGAGUCUUAAACAGCGAUGGAUUGGCAUGUGUGAUUAAUGGCUAGAGUUAUAUUUUGUGAAACUUAUGGGUCAUAACAAAUAUUCUGUUGUUUGUCUGAUCUUUGCAUUUUUAGGGAAUAUGAGUUUCCUUUCUCUCAAAAACUAGGGCUCUUUUGGUUUCCCCGAUAGUUAAAUCGGGGGACCGGUUACUAUAACAACACCUAUUAUGUUGUUAUUGUAACAACACUAGUCCCCAACCAAUAGGAAGCUAGGAUUGUGAUGACUUUUUAUUAGAUGAGUUGACUUAGUGUAAAAUCAAAGCAGGGGUAUAAUUGUCAUUAUGAAAAAUAUAUUUAAAUAAAAAAUUAAAAAAAUAUUUUUUUAUUUUCUGCCCAAAAAUUUGGUCGCCGGAAUUCUGGCACCGGUCGCCGGAAAAUGGUCGCCGGUCACCGGAAUAUGCUUUUUUCGUCGGAAUAUGCUUACCGGCGUCGGAAUAUGCUUACCAGCAUCGGAAUCUAGUCAUCGGGGCCGGAAUAUGCCUAUCGGCGUCGGAAUCUGCUCACCGACGGUCACCGGAGUUCGGUCAACGAACUUCGUUGAUCGGUCAACGGUCAACGACCACCGGAUGUAUGGUCUACAUUGUGAGAUUUAUGGUUUGGUUUCUCAUAUUUUCGUAUGCCUUUUGUGGUUUGCUUUAUCGUGUUUGUGGUUUGCAUUAAGAAGAUUCUGGUUUGCUUUAUCGUGUUUGGGGUUUGCAUUGAGAAGUUUCUGGUUUGCUUUCAAAAACUUUGUGGUUUGCAUUGUGAGGUUUCUGGUUUGUUUUAAUAUAUUUGCGGUUUCCAUUAGGACGUUUAUGGUUUGCUUUUUUGUGGUUUGAUUUACUGUGUUUGUGAUUUGCAUUAGGAGGUUUCUGGUGUGCUUUCGCAAAUGUUGUGGUUUGCAUUGUGGGGUUUCUAGUUUGUUUUAGGAGAUUUGUGGUUUGCAUUAGAAGGUUUCUGGUUUGCAUUAAGAAGUUUCUGGUGUGCUUUCGAAACUUUUGUGGUUUGCUUUGCGAGGUUUCUGUUUUGUUAUAAUAUAUUUGGAGUUUGCUUUGCGAGGUUUCUGGUUUGUUUUAAUAUAUUUGUGGUAUGCAU